GUUCCCUUCAAAGCAAAAGUGUAAGACAUGUCGACUCAAAUUUUGGAAGAUAAAAAUCCGGCUCAAGCAGAGGAGAAGAAAGAAGAGGUGAAGGGAACCGAGUCGACGGAAGCGACUGCAGAAGCAGCUCCUGCAAAGCGAAAACGCCGUGAGAUUCGUGCCGAAAAAUUGAGAAAUGAAAAACGUCAAAAGGCAUUGGCCAUUGCGGAUGAGCAAAGAAGAAAACGAGUCAGUAUCGAGUUUGUGACGCUGAAGAAACUCUCCAAACUUAAGUCUUCGUCAGAGAAAAUUAAAGUUAAAGAUAAAAAGGAACGCUUGGUAAUUGACGACGGAAGCCAGUAUGGAGACAGCAAAAACGCACUGUUAGUAUAUCAUUUAGCUUGUGGUACCGGUGCCAAGUUCACAGAAAAGUUGUUUGACGGUAUUUCUGAGUUAUAUAAGGCACAAAAUCCAGUGGACAUGGAAAGGAAAUUCGUUUUCGGAUCAACAUACGAAAGCAACAAAGGAAGACUUGUUAAGACGAAGGACACCGUCAACACGUUGGGCUAUAGCACAUUCAUCGAAACGUUUAGUCCCCUAUUUCGAUUUGCCAGUGGUAUUAUUCACAACCACAUACCCGAGUUUCAUGAGACCAUGCUUAAACUUAAGCUUGCACCAAAACAAGAUCGUUUUGGUGCCUUUCCCAAUUUAGCUUUGGUCCCAUUGAAAGAAGGACAUAUUAAUCUUGGCGAGGACCCCAUAAAGUACGGGUAUGCUGUUUUAAUUUUUGCGGGUGACUUUGAUGAAGAUGUAUUGCAACUUCCUAACAUAAACGGUGUAAUUCGGCUUCACGGUGGCUCCAUGGUUGUGCUGCGUGCGGGUUUACUGCAGCAAUACUUCCAAACGAGCAAGAAAGAGCAAUCUGAGAACAAAUUCUGUGCAGUUUUGUUCGCCUCUCAACGGCUUUGGAAGCAUGUCGACAAUGAAGACGUGACUAAAAAAUGGUAGUAGUGUUUUGACAAUACCAAAAAUAUAUAUGUAUCUUGUGAGUGCCGCAGUGAUCUGUUUCUUGCUCAACUC